AUGACAGCCUCGUCCGACUCAAGUUCGCCUUCCACUCAACAUGUGUCGAUGUCCUCCCACAGCAGCUUAGGGUCUUCCACCAGUACUUCUCAUUCCAGUAGCUUGGGGUCAUCGCCUAGCACUUCUGGCUCGCACAACACUCACUCCAGCAGCGCGCAAUCUCUGUCUCCUAGUCCGGCGCUUGUUCCUCUUCUUCGCUUAGCUUGCGCAACGCUAGGCCAGCCACCCAUUCGUAUGUAG